CACUUCAGAAUGCGUCCACUCAAUGAAGAACCCACAUCAGGCGAGGCUGUUGGGAAUGACCAAGAGAUGAAAGAUUGUGAACAGGCAGAUGCCCUCUCCAACAAUGGGGACAGCUUAAUAAACGCAGAACUACAGACUAAACUGCCAGAAGGAGAACAAGGCAGAGAAAAGGGAAUAAAUCAUAAGGAACUAAAGUUGGAAAUGGUUGAGAACGAUUACAGCAAUGGAGAACCAGCACCACAGAAGAAAGACGACUCUGUGACUGAUACACAUCAACAGAAUGAGAAGAAUUCAAGUGGUAAAAAUAUGCCAAUGAGUGACUCAUCCUGCAAACAAUCAGAAUUAAACCGAGGUGGUAUGAGAAUGACCAAAAAGCUACUGAGAGAUCUCUGCAAACAGCAUAAGUUAUAUGUGACCCCAUGCUUGAACGACACCCUCUAUCUCCAUUACAAAGGAUUUGAUCGUCUAGAGAACCUGGAAGAAUAUACAGGAUUGAAGUGUCUGUGGCUGGAAUGCAACGGCCUGACAAAGAUUGAAAACCUGACUGCACAGACAGAUUUGCGUUGCCUUUACCUGCAGCUCAAUUUGAUUCAUAAAAUUGAGAACCUUGAACCCUUGAAAAAGCUAGACUCUCUCAACCUCAGCAACAAUUACGUCAAGACCAUUGAAAACCUCUCUUGCUUGAAAGUUCUGCACACUCUGCAGAUGGCUCACAAUAUGUUACAAACAGUCGAAGACAUACAGCACUUACAGGAUUGCCCAAGUAUUAGUGUUCUUGACCUUUCUCACAACAAGAUAGAUGAUCCAAAUGUCUUAGAUGUUCUGGAGACCAUGCCUGAUUUGCGUGUAUUGAACCUAAUGGGAAAUGAAGUAAUUAAGAAAAUUGCUAACUAUAGGAGGACACUUACCAUCCGAUUAAAACACCUGACAUAUUUGGAUGAUAGACCAGUUUUUCCAAAGGACAGAGCCUGUGCAGAAGCCUGGGCUACAGGUGGCCGUGAAGCUGAAAAAAAUGAAAGGGACGCGUGGGACUCCAAAGAAAGAAAGAAGAUCCAGGAAAGUUUUGACGCUCUUGCUGCAGUCCGGCAAAGAGCUGAAGAGAAGAGAAGACAGUGGGAAAUGGAAGGAAAUGCUGGAACUUUAGCUGGCCAGCCAGAAGAAAUCCCACCUUCAAGCAAUACUAUUAUGACAGACAAUACAGUAGAGGCUUCUAGUACUUUGGAAGAGUUGGAAACAAAGCAAAAGAUUGAGGAAUUUGUGACGGAAACCAUGAAUGCCCAUGAGGAGGUACUGGCUGCAACAGCAAGCUCAGGAGACCAGUUGGAUAGUCCAGAGAGUUGUCCUCCAGAUAACGGCCAAAAGGGAACACAAGAACCAGGCACUGACAUGGGUCCAAACCUGACAGCUGCUGAAGAAGAGAUACCAGCACAGGGGCCACUGCUUACUGAACUUGCUGACCCAGCAGAUAUGGAACAAAUUAAGCUGGAUAUACCAGAGACGCUUUUCCUUGAUGAACUGCCUGAUUUGGAAGAUAUAGAUGUCAGUGAGGCCUCACCAGGGGAGAUCUUCAGCAGAAAGCAAAAGUCUCCUCCAAAGAUCGAAGUGAUUUCUGAAGUAAGUGUUGAUGGAGACUACAUAGUCGCAGGAAACGCAGACACUUCUGGGAACGUCGCAACAGAAGAUAUCCCCAUCUCCAUCUUUUCAAAUGGGUGUAAGACACUUGAACUGGGUACAAAGGAAGCCCUAAGACCCAUUGUAGCAGACCUUCUAGCACAAGAAGAGGAAAUUGUGGAAACCAGAGUACACCCAGCAAAACCUCCGAGACCCUUGAUUGAAGAGAUUACUCCAGAACCUUUGGAUUCAUCACUGAAGGCCUCACCACACAAUGAGGCAGAUGAACUAAACCUCGAUGCUGUGGGAAACAGGAUAUCUCCUUCCCUAGGGAAUAGCUGUGAGGUGCAGAUACAGAGCGGCACGUGCCAGAAAAGAAGUGACGAGACCGAGGAUGAACUGGACUGA